UCUCCCUCUCGCUGGCUUGUCGAUGUUCGCCUCUUGCCUCCCACAGCGGGUCUUGCCCAAGCCUUGCUGCUCGCUAUGAUUCACUGCGAAGUCAUGUAUGCAUUCCCUAUUUUCCGCUGUAGCUGGGAACUUGGCGUUCUGUGCACUGAAAAGCGGCAGCUCUUCAAGUCAGAGCUCCCUUUACAGCCCAGAGGAACUGGCGGUCUGCCACAAGGACCAGCGAUCACUACCUACUUUCACGUUACUAUCUUCCUUCCGCAGGGUAAUAGUAAUAGAGAGCUGCAGCAGAUUUGCUGAAAUCCUCCAGUUUGGGAAGCUAUGUCUGGUGACAAAACCGGGGAUUUUGAGGGACUUUUAUACCCGUCGCCGAUCAGAGACCACGGGAACAUUUACAAACCCAAUAAUAAAAUGGAAGAUGAGAAGUUGAACGAGAAAUACGUGACAGAUGUUCACACCAAAGAGAUCGAUUUAAUCAACAGAGAUCCAAAACAUCUGAACGAAGAUGUGGUUAAGAUAGAUUUUGAAGAAGUGAUUGCUGAACCCGAAGGAACUCACAGCUUUGAUGGUGUUUGGAAGGCCAGCUUUACAGUCUUCACAGUGUCUAAAUACUGGUGCUACCGCCUUCUGUCAGGGCUCUUUGGGAUACCUUUAGCAAUCAUCUGGGGAAUUUACUUUGCGGUUUUAACAUUCAUCCAUAUUUGGGCAGUGAUGCCCUGCAUUAAGAGCUAUUUGAUUGAAAUACAGUGCAUCAGCAGAGUCUACUCUAUUUGCAUCCACAGUUUCUGUGACCCCUUUUAUGAAGCUGUGGGGAAAAUAUUCAGCGGUAUCCGAGUAUCAAUGCAGAAAGAAGUGUAAAUAGGAAAAUCUUGAUAGAAGUGGUUUGUCAGUUUAUCAUGAAAGCUUCCCACCAAGUGGAAGUUCAGUUUCUCUUGGCGAAAAAAAAUGUUGGUGCCUUUACUAAUCGCACUGUUAUAGGAAAAUGAUGGUGCAUAAUCUUUCAUUUUAUUGCUUAUCCCUCAAGUGUUCUGUUAUCCUUUUAUGGUACACUGCAUUUUAAUACUGAUCUAAGCUCAACACCAACAUUCCUUUACUGUUAAAUAUCUUAUGACUACUUUUGUAAACAAAAUGAGUCAUUGCUUUUCUUCAGCAGUUUAUCCCUAUUGCUACUUCACUCUUCUGGUUUUUAUGAAACACAAUAACAAAUUCUUCGAUUCACAGUACUGUACUUACCAAUAUGGUAAGGAUAAGUGAUUAAACACUGAGCAUAGGAUCCUUAAUACUGUUUAAGUAGUAGAGACUUGUAACGAGAUAAAAUAAAUAAGUAUUUUGUAAUGAAAUGAUAAUUGUGUAAUUUCCAAAACCACAACACAACAAAGAAUUGUCUUUAUUUUGUUUUACUUGGGGUUGUUGAAUUUUCUAAAAACAUGAAUGUUUUAGUUAUAACUUACAUAUCCAGGGUGUUAAUCCAGAAUAUUCUACAACUGAUGCCAGCUAUGUAUUUGUGGAAUGGUCAUUUCAGUUGGAAACUAAAUAGCUCCAUGAGUUAUGUUGCAUUUUGAUGCCAACAGUGUUGAAUCUUCCCUUAACACCAUCCAAAAUGUGUAAUAUUCUUUAUCAGAAUUCUCCUUGAGUAAGCUUUUCAAUUUUUUGCCUUUCUUUUUUUGUAAAUUUUUAGACACUCUAACCUGGUGAAGUAUUUGAAAGAGAGCAGUGGCAGAAAAAAACCUUGCAGUAUACCUGAUGCCUCCAUCAUUUGAAAAAUUGUGACAAAUGAAAUGUUAAUAUACCAUAUGAUUAUCAAAGCAAAUACUGAUUGUAACUCAGAUUGUCCACAUUGUACAUUGCAAAAUGUUAACAGGCUUUAAAAAAAAAUAAAUAUACAACCCAAAAGUGUUAAUACCUAGAAUUUUCCAGCUUGGAUAAUUGUAGUAAAAGCUGAAGCCAAAACCAUACUACUGAAGCAGAAUAUGUUUUGAUAAGUAGAGUUUCCUUCUACUUUUAAACUUGCAAACAUACUUAUAGGUUCAACCUUUUUAUGCCAAAUAUAUCAGCUGCCAUGUUGAAGAUACCCAGCAAAAAAUUAAGAGAUUGCUACAACUGCCAUUAUACAGAGACAUAGUUGGAAAAUUCUCAUGGGGGUUGUGUAUAAUCAAAAUAUAGUUUAAGGUCUUUCUCAAAUUAUAAAGAACUAAUUUUAUAACUGUAGGGUAUUUUUGCAAAAGCUACCUUAGACAAAUGCAAUUAUAUCACUUAUUAAUCAUACAAUAUAUAAAAUUUAGCUUUUUUACUGUCACUUUUUAAUUAUUUGAUCUCUUGGUAGAUUUGUCUAAGUCAUACUGGAGCUUAUUGAUGCAGUAGAUGGUCAAGCACUUAAAGUAUGUUAGCAUGUAAGAGCUGAAACUAUUUUAAAAAAAUAAAGAACCAAAUGUUUACACUAAUGAA